AGAGCCCUUUUCGCAACCCUAACGGGAGAGAAAUGAUGGAAGAAGGGUAGCCGGAAGAGUUUCCUCAAAAUACCAUAGGGGUUUUAAAUUAUUAGUACGUAUUUAAACUCAUCUACUUUCACGUUGUCCCGUUGAACGUCACUUCCGCUUAGGGGCGGACACGUCCCAAACCUGUGGCGGGAGUUGGAGAUUCUGCGGCGAAUACGCCAGGAUCAUCAUGCCUAGGGUUCAUAACAUAAAAAAGUCUCUUACACCUCACAUUUCUUGUGUGACAAAUGAAUCUGAUAAACUGCUGGAUUUUUUGCCUGACAGACUAAGAGCAAAGCUACUUCCAUUCCAGAAAGAUGGCAUCAUUUUUGCCCUCAAAAGAAAUGGCAGGUGUAUGGUGGCUGAUGAAAUGGGUCUAGGAAAGACAAUCCAGGCAAUUGGAAUUACUUACUUCUAUAAAGAGGAAUGGCCUCUGUUAAUAGUAGUCCCUUCGUCUCUGAGGUACCCUUGGACAGAAGAAAUUGAAAAAUGGAUCCCAGAGCUAAGUCCAGAAGAAAUCAAUGUUAUUCAGAAUAAAGCUGAUGUUAGGAGAAUGUCGACCAGUAAAGUGACAGUUCUGGGUUAUGGUCUCUUAACCGCAGAUGCAAAGACUUUGAUAGAUGCACUGAAUAAUCAGAACUUCAAAGUAGUUAUAGUGGAUGAAUCACACUACAUGAAAUCCAGAAAUGCAACUCGCAGCAGGAUUUUAUUGCCAAUAGUACAGAAAGCCAGACGAGCCAUUCUUCUUACAGGAACACCAGCUUUAGGAAGGCCUGAAGAGCUUUUUAUGCAGAUUGAAGCUCUCUUUCCACAAAAAUUUGGAAGAUGGACCGACUAUGCAAAAAGAUACUGUAAUGCACACAUCAGAUAUUUUGGUAAAAGACCUCAGUGGGAUUGUAGAGGGGCAUCAAAUCUUAAUGAACUUCACCAGCUAUUAAGUGACAUAAUGAUUAGAAGAUUAAAGACUGAAGUUUUAACCCAGCUACCCCCUAAAGUCAGACAGCGUAUUCCAUUUGAUCUUCCAUCAGCAGCUGCCAAGGAAUUGAAUACCAGCUUUGAAGAGUGGGAAAAAAUAAUGAGAACUCCAAAUUCAGGUGCCAUGGAGACAGUCAUGGGGUUGAUAACUCGCAUGUUUAAACAAACUGCUAUUGCCAAGGCAGGUGCUGUAAAGGAUUAUAUUAAGAUGAUGCUUCAGAAUGAUUCGCUUAAAUUUCUGGUUUUUGCUCACCAUUUAAGCAUGCUCCAAGCUUGCACAGAAGCAGUCAUCGAAAAUAAGACUCGUUACAUUAGGAUAGAUGGAAGUGUUUCAUCUUCAGAAAGAAUACAUCUGGUUAAUCAGUUUCAAAAGGAUCCUGACACUCGCGUGGCUAUCCUAAGCAUUCAGGCUGCUGGCCAGGGAUUAACAUUUACUGCAGCAAGUCAUGUUGUAUUUGCUGAGUUGUACUGGGACCCUGGACAUAUAAAACAAGCAGAAGACCGAGCUCACAGAAUUGGCCAGUGCAGUUCUGUGAAUAUUCACUACCUUAUUGCAAAUGGAACCUUAGACACCCUUAUGUGGGGAAUGUUGAAUCGCAAGGCUCAAGUUACAGGGAGCACACUGAAUGGUAGGAAAGAAAAAAUUCAGGCUGAGGAAGGUGAUAAGGAAAAAUGGGAUUUCCUGCAGUUUGCUGAAGCUUGGACUCCAAAUGACAGUUCUGAAGAGUUAAGGAAGGAAGCUUUGUUCACUCACUUCGAAAAAGAAAAACAGCAUGAUAUUCGAUCAUUUUUUGUACCACAACCUAAAAAAAGACAGUUGAUGACCUCCUGUGACGAAUCAAAGAGAUUCCAGGAGGAAAAUACUGUAGUGUCAUCAGACCCUACAAAAAGAGCUGCAAGAGAUAUCAUCGAUUAUGAAAGUGAUGUUGAACCUGAAACGAAAAGAUUGAAAUUGGCUGCCUCGGAAGACCACUGCAGUCCGUCGGAAGAGACACCAUCCCAGUCCAAGCAAAUCCGAACUCCACUCGUGGAAAGUGUACAGGAGGCCAAGGCCCAGUUAACCACCCCAGCCUUUCCUGUAGAGGGCUGGCAGUGUAGUCUCUGCACCUAUAUCAAUAAUUCAGUGUUACCCUAUUGUGAAAUGUGUGAGACUCCUCAAGGCAGUGCUGUUAUGCAAAUAGAUAGCCUCAACCAUAUCCAGGAUAAAAACAAGAAGGAUGAUUCUCAGAAAGACACCUCCAAAAAGGUUCAAACUAUCUCAGACUGUGAAAAACAAGCCCUGGCACAGUCAGAACCUGGCCAGUUGGCUGACAGCAAGGAAGAAACACCAAAAAUUGAGAAAGAAGACGGACUUACAUCCCAGCCAGGUAAUGAACAGUGGAAGAGUUCAGACACUUUGCCAGUGUAUGACACCUUAAUGUUCUGUGCAAGUAGGAAUACUGACCGGAUUCACAUCUAUACUAAGGAUGGAAAACAGAUGAGCUGUAAUUUCAUUCCUUUGGAUAUAAAAUUAGACCUUUGGGAAGAUUUACCAGCAAGCUUUCAGCUGAAACAAUAUCGCUCACUGAUUUUGAGAUUUGUUCGAGAAUGGAGUAGUCUAACUGCCAUGAAGCAAAGGAUAAUCAGGAAAAGUGGACAGCUAUUCUGUAGCCCAAUUCUUGCUUUGGAAGAGAUCACAAAGCAACAAACCAAACAAAAUUGCACCAAAAGAUACAUAACCAAAGAAGAUGUUGCCGUAGCCUCAAUGGACAAAGUGAAGAAUGUUGGGGGCCAUGUCCGUCUGAUCACAAAGGAGUCCAGGCCACGGGAUCCUUUCACAAAAAAACUUCUUGAAGAUGGAGCCUGUGUCCCAUUUCUAAAUCCAUACGCAGUCCAGGCAGAUCUCACUGUGAAGCCCUCUACAUCCAAAGGCUAUUUGCAAGCUGUGGAUAAUGAAGGAAAUCCACUUUGCCUUCGCUGUCAGCAACCCACUUGCCAGACUAAGCAAGCGUGUAAAGCGAACUCUUGGGAUUCACGGUUUUGCUCUCUGAAAUGUCAGGAAGAGUUUUGGAUUCGAUCUAAUAACAGUUACCUGAGAGCCAAAGUAUUUGAAACUGAACAUGGUGUGUGUCAGCUCUGUAAUGUGAACGCACAAGAACUCUUUUUACGUCUGAGAGAUGCCCCUAAAAGUCAGAGGAAGAAUCUUCUGGAUGCUACCUGGACUUCAAAACUCCCAUUAGAACAGCUAAAUGAAAUGAUAAGAAACCCAGGGGAAGGACAUUUCUGGCAGGUGGAUCACAUCAAGCCAGUGUAUGGGGGAGGAGGACAGUGUUCCCUGGACAACCUGCAGACUCUCUGCACAGUCUGUCACAAAGAGAGAACUGCCAGACAAGCUAAGGAAAGAAGCCAGGUGAGAAGACAAUCUCUAGCAUCAAAGCAUGGAUCAGACAUCACACGAUUUUUGGUAAAGAAGUAAAGUAGAAAAAUAUAUGAAUGAAUGACAAAUGGUUUACAUGUGGAAGACUUUAAUACAGAAGUUUUCCAUGUUUGUUUAAUAUAUCGAGAGUAAAAAUUUUCAGAACAAAAAUCAAGAAUUCAAAUUCUCUUCUACUAAUUACUUUUAGUAUUAAAUACAUUUUGAAAGUACUUAACAGAAACUAAGAUACAAUACUGAAUAUUUCUGUGGUCUUUUUGAUUUGAUGCAGACUCGCAAUUAUGUUUCAGCAAUGUUUUGUAAAGCUCUUUACCCCUAAUAUGCCUAAUCACUGUAUUGUGCAUAGAUUGUGUUUAAAAAAUGUACUCUCAAUUACCUAAAAAUGCUUCUGGAUUAGUAUUGUUCUGGACUGUCAUAGGUAUGAAUGGAACAUUGCAAAACCUUAUGGGAAAUUUCAGACGCAAAUCAUUAUUUGGGAAUUCUGGGCCAAGCAUGACCAGCCUGCUUAGGAUUCAAGAGAGACUGUCCACUAAAUACCUCCAGAAUGAGCUUGGGGCACACAUUUUGGGUGUUGCUUUUCUUGCUUUAUUUCUUAGCUAGUCAUCUUUAUCAAAAAUAUCCUUUUCAAAAUGAGAUACCUAUGGUGUUUGUGGACAAUUUGGGGGUUCUGUGUAAAGUAAUUGUUAAAACUAUUAAUUAACUGAAAACAUAAAAUGUAAAAUGCCACUUAAGCUUGAUUUUUUAGAUCUUUUUUUAAAAAAUGAAUAAAACUAGGCUUACUGUUGGCUGGGCGCAGUGGCUCACGCAUGUAAUCCCAGCACUUUGGGAGGCCAAAGUGGGUGGAUCAUGAGGUCAGGAGAUAGAUCGAGACCAUCCUGGCUAAUACGGUGAAACCCCAUCUCUACUAAAAAUACAAAAAAUUAGCCGGGCAUGGUGUUGUGCGCGUGUAAUCUCAGAUACUCGGGAGGCUGAGGCAGGAGAAUUGCUUGAACCCGGGAAGCAGAGGUUGCAGUGAGCCGAGAUCACGCCAUUGAACUCCAGCCUGGGCGACAGAGCGAGACUCCGUCUCAAACAAACAAACAAACAAAAAAAACUAAGCGUACUAUCAAAAUACACUUUGUCUUCUGGUUCUCAUUUUCUGUUUUUAAAACCCUGUGUUAUUAAAGAUAUAUUUCUGGUA